CCUCAAUAUUCAAGAUGGCGGAUGUGGACUCUUGUCACAACAAAUCUUCCCCAAAAUAAUUACCAUGCCGUUAAAUAUUCUAACUACAAACUAUGUCAGCUUCUACCUCGGGACAGCGAUUUGCUGAUUACUUUGCUGUGUGUGGAUUAGAUGCUGUUACGGGUUUGGAACCGGAUCAACUUUCAGGAGAUUCACAUCAUGUGUCACCGCUAGAGAGAUCUUACAAGGCCAAGGUCUUAUCCCAUUUUCCUGCUAAUGUUGACUGGAACCCUUUUGACGAGGAUGCUGUGCGAAUGCUGUCAUUCCCCCAUGGUCUAACAUUCAGAACGCAAGCAGAACCCCAUUCCCCGUCUCUUCACUCAUUCCUUAUAACCCGUGAGGAUGGGUCUCGUGUCUACGGAUGUGCCCUUACAGUCUAUGAGGUUGUUGAUGAAGAGGAGAUUUGUAAAGCCAUGCAAGUGCUCCAAUCCAUGCAUGAAGCAGAGCUGCAUAUGGCACGAUCAAAGACCAAAGCAAGAUCACAAUCUCCUGUUGUCAUCACUGGUGCAGAUAGUCCAACAAAGCGAGCAACAGAAGUAGACUCUGAGUACACACAAGAGGUUGAGAUGUCUAACAGGAAAACUUUUGACAUGAAAAAGGACACUCUAAUGGUCUCCAAGUGCAUUUCCAUCAUAAUGCCUCUUCCAUUUAUUACUGCGGCAAUGUCAUACCUACAGCAGAUAUACCAUGCUGCCAAGACAGCAGACUUGCCUUUGCCUCUUGAAUCAUACAUUUAUAAUCUGUUAUAUGAGGUCCCGCUGCCCCCACCAGGCAGGACGAUGAGGUUUAAUUGUGUUAAGGAAAGCAUAACAUGCCAGCGCCCGGGGCCUAAUGAGCUGCCAUUGUUUGAUUACUCCUUGAAGGAGAUGUUUUCUUGGCUUGGGGUGGAGAAUGUUGUGGAAUUGUUCACCUGUGUCCUAUUGGAGCAUCAGAUUCUUCUUCUAUCUAACAGUUUUCAUCGGUUUAUGUUGGUUGCUGAGGGCGUUGUGACCCUGAUUUUCCCGUUCAUCUGGCAACACGUCUAUGUACCUAUCCUCCCUGCAGCCUUGCAGCACUUCCUUGAUGCCCCUGUGCCAUUCAUCAUGGGCCUGUACUGCGCCUCAGAAGAUUUCAAAGCCAACCUUCAACUGCCCUCAGAGGCAUCCCUAUGUCUUGUUGACAUUGAUAACUGUAAAGUUCUUAGCCCUGAGGACCUGCCAGAGUUCCCCAACAAACAGGACCUUAUUGAAGAACUCCUAGAAACCAUCGAGAAAUUUAACAUUGCCUCCCAAGAGAGCAAUAAUCCCUUGUCUAGCAAUAGUCGGUGCAGCAGUGAAGGUAAUAGUCUGGACAAUUCACUGGAGAUCCCUCUUGGGGAGAAUGUAUAUGGUAACACUAGCAGUGCAGACGAGGAAAGUGGGUUCGGGAGUGCUGGUGGUUCACCACGAGGCUCUCCAAAGCUCAAACCACGAGCUAAAAAGCAGAAAUCCCCAUCUUCAUCUCCGAAAACUGAAAGACGUGAAAAACCUUCGAGGGUAAGACCGAGACGGAUGUCUGCUGGGAGCAGAGUUAGUAAAUCCAAGUCUGCAUCUAGUUUAGAUAUGUCUAAAAACCCUAGGCUGCAAGCUAUUGCAGCUAUAGCAGAGAGAACGGGGAUUAUUGCGCCUAUCUCUACUGUCGCUUCCAGCUUGGAGAAAUCCGCCUCUGAUUCCCAAAUCAGUACUUUCAGUGUAGAAGAACGGAUGUUUAUAUAUGGGGAACCAGCCAAGGAGAUCUCUCGCAAACAGCAGCAUGAGAACGAGUUCAACACUGCCAUAAGGGAGAUAUUUGUCAAUCGAUUCACUCAAAUUUUACUGGAGUAUGAAUCGUUUGUGAUUCAGCCGGCUCAAGAUAUGGGUCAGUGGAUCUCUAAUCGCGAGCAGAUGCAGAAUUUUGACAAGGCUUCCUUCCUGUCCGAUCAGCCAACACAGUUUCUGCCAUUCCUUUCACCCUUCACAGAGACACAAAUGUUUGCUAGUUUUAUUGACACCAAGAUCUUAGCGGCUUGGGAGGAGGCGGACCCUGCCCUUGCUGUGUUUGAUCAGAGGGUGGAGAACAUGAAGAGACAUCUUGGGGUGGUCAGGUCACCCUCAUACGAACGGUGCAUGACUCUCAAAAAUGCAAUCCAAGUUCUCCUGAAGAGAUCAAACUCUGUGGAUUACAUGGCAGCCUCCCCCCAUAUACUCACUAUUCCUGAUAAGAAGGAUACUAAAGCAGACUGUUUUCUGAAUCUGAGCAAAGAUGUCCUUGAUGAUUGUCCACAAGGGAAAGGGAGUGGUAAGGUCAACUGGAGACGGCGCAACCGGCAGCAGCUUCACUCACAACAUGUACUGCUCAACACCAUGCAGGAUGGGAAGAAAAUGCGGGAUAAACUUGCUAGCAGUCUAAAGAAAUACAUGCAGGAGGCAAAGACCAAGAGCAGUCAGAGUCAACUUGGGGAUCUGACACUAGACUCUACACAGAAUGCAUUCAUACAGAAACUACUCAAGGAGUGUAGGCAAAAGACCAAAAAGAUGCUGGUCCAAAAGAUGGGCCAAGAGGCAGUGGACCUUGGCCACACAGAUGCCAGUGUCUCUGGUGUGGAGGAGAACACCCUCAUCGCCAGUCUGUGUGACCUUCUUGAGAGAGUGUUCAGCCAUGGGCUCCAAACAAGAGAGGGGAAAUCUGCACUAUGGUCGCAUCUGAUUGCUUACCAGACGCUGUGUGAAGAUCACACAUCUGACCAAUCGGAUCAUAACUCCUUAUCGCCAGCAGAAGCCAUGCGUACAGUUGACUCUCCUACCAAGCACUCCCCCCAGAAAAGGCGCAGCAUUGGUGUCCCCACUGAUAUCCUAGCCUUGAUGCAACCACUCAGUCAAUCAGCUGCCGUGUUAUCAGACAUGAGACAUGUCCAGAGCAUGACAGAGAUCAAGACGGACAUCGGGCAUGCUCGCGCCUGGGCAAGGUUGUCUUUGGAGAAGAAGGUCUUGUCCAAGCAUCUAAAGCAAGUCGUCAAUGAUGACAGACUCUUGAGGUUACGCUAUAAGGACUAUGCCUUUCUGCGCACAGAGGAGGAGCGUGAGCAGUUCCUGUAUCAUCUGCUGUCGCUCAAUGCUGUAGAUUUCUUCUGCUUCACAAACUGCUUCACGUCAACAGCCGUGACUUAUAAAGUGGUAAUCAAGACUGGAAAGCAGCUUGGAGGGGGGUCAACGACAGCAAACGCAUGGAUGCUCCUAGCAGGCCACAUAACAGACACUGCAGUCAUGGCUCUACCCAAAAACGAGAACGAGUUUCGAUUCCAGCACCCUAAUCUUGGUGGGUUGACGACUCUGCGUAUUGGCCAUGAUAACGCUGGUCUCUCCCCUGGCUGGUUUAUCGAGCAAGUCAUCGUCAAGAAUGAAGUCACCGGACACAUCUUUAGGUUCCCUUGCGGGCGCUGGAUCGCCAGAAAUGUCGACGAUGGGAGCACUGAGAGGCUGCUUGUUGGAGAGCUUAUCAAACCCAGAAAUGAAGACGCCAAUCUGGCCGAUGUGUGCCGUCUGUCUCCUCAGAGGAGGUCUCCUGUGCUCUCCCGCCGCAACAGCGAGCGAACUCGUAUCCCUGAUGUCCAAGAGCGUGUCGCCGAUGCCGUCAACAACAUCGUCAAGUAUUUCUACAAACCUGAAAAAGAGCGGGGCAACCUGACGUACCUUCUUUGUGGCGAUGGAGGGCUAUGCCAAGCUCUAGAGCAGGUAUUCCAGUGCGGUUUCAAGUCUUCUCGUCUCUUUCGUAACAACUUCUUCAUCUGGGACAUUUUAGAAAAAGCUCACCAGUACCUGCAAAUGAAUGAUGAAGAAUCUUUGCCUGAACUUAAAAGAGCACGUCAAUCAUUUAUCACCAUGGUGACGCGCAUUAAUAACUCCUCCCAGUCUGUUGGCAAGGAUGGCAAGUUCCAAUCGUUCGUGUGUCUUGGGGCACGUGAUCACUUUCUGCAGGACUGGCUUCGCCUCAUCUCACUAUGUCCCGCUGCCACCAACAUGUACGACGCUGCUUCCUUCUUCAGGGACCCCGCACUUGUGCAGUUCCUCGUAGACGUAUUGACAGCCCUGGUAGAGUUUAACAUCACUUUAGAAGCUUCGCUUUUGAAGGGCAUGACAUAAAGACUGGUGUGACUCAAGGGUUGCGUGACAUGAGACGAAGAGUGGUGUGACUCAAGGGUUGCGUGACAUGAGACGAAGAGUGGUGUAACCCAAGGGUUGCAUGACAUCCGAUGAAGAGUGGUGUGACUCAAGGGUUGCGUGACAUGAGACGAAGAGUGGUGUAACCCAAGGGUUGCAUGACAUCCGAUGAAGAGUGGUGUGACUCAAGGGUUGCGUGACAUGAGAUGAAGAGUGGUGUGACUCGAGGGUUGGGUGACAUGAGAUGAAGAGUGGUGUGACUCAAGGGUUGCGUGACAUUAGACGAAGAGUGGUGUGACUCAAGGGUUGCAUGACAUUAGAUGAAGAGUGGUGUGACUCAAGGAUUGCGUGACAUGAGACUAAGAGUGGUGUGAACAAAGGGUUGCGUGACAUGCGAUGAAGAGUGGUGUAACUCAAGGGUUGCGUGAUAUUAGACGAAGAGUGGUGUGACUCAAGGGUUGCGUGACAUGAGAUGAAGAGUGGUGUGACUCGAGGGUUGUGUGACAUGAGAUGAAGAAUGGUGUUACUCAAGGGUUGCGUGACAUUAGAUGAAGAGUGGUGUGGCUCAAGGGUUGCAUGACAUGACAUGAAGAGUGGUGUAACUCAAGGGUUACGUGACAUGCAAUGAAGAGUGGUGUGACUCAAGGGUUGCGUGACAUGACAUUAAGAGUGGUGUGACUCAAGGGUUGCAAGACAUGACAUGAAGAGUGGUGUGACUCAAGGGUUGCGUGACAUGAGACGAAGAGUGGUGUGACUCAAGGGUUGCAUGACAUGACAUUAAGAGUGUUGUGACUCAAGGGUUGCGUGACAUGAGAUGAAGAAUGGUGUUACUCAAGGGUUGCGUGACAUUAGAUGAAGAGUGGUGUGACUCAAGGGUUGCGUGACAUGAGACGAAGAGUGGUGUGACUCAAGGGUUGCAUGACAUGCAAUGAAGAGUGGUGUGACUCAAGGGUUGCGUGACAUGAGAUGAAGAGUGGUGUGACUCAAGGGUUGCAUGACAUGACAUGAAAAGUACAUGAAGGGUUGUGUAAUGCAAGGAUUACAAGACAUGUCGAUAAAUGCACAUGUUGCGUGACACUUCGAAAGCUUGCAAUGGAAGAAAAGUAUGGAGUCACAUAUCGGUUCGCAUCUCAUCUCAUCAAAUUGGGCGAUAUCCAAAUCUUGACACAAGGAUUUCAAGGAAUUUUUGAUAUUUAAAUUAGGGAGUAACAUUGCUGUAAUGUGACACAAGCAAGGAUAGCGUGACACUGUGUCUGUACAACUUGGACAUUCAUUCACCUCUUAUCUAUCCCUAUGUUUCUCCGCCUGAAAAGGUUAAGAAAUGUGACCUCGAGAAACAUGCCCCAAAUAGAUGCGUGCUCUGCUGACCUCACCCCUUAAAUCCUGUCGAUCCGACUUGCGUGACGCGUGGUUUCAUAGGCUAUGAAACCCUAUGCAAAUGAGAUGUUAAUCUAAGUACUUAUCCGCUUGAAUCAUGGUGAAUUUCAAUCCAUCCUAUAACUAAAAAAACUCAAUUCUAUUUUUAACAAUCAAAUAGCACAGUAAAAGAAGUAUUUUUAAAAAUGGUGAGAUUUUUCACAUUAAAAACAACACAAUGUUGCCACGCAAGUCAGAUGUACGGACUUCAGCCCCUCGACUUGUACUGUUCCUCGAGAACGAUAAGCGAUGAGAUCACGUGUCACCAACACAGUGAGAACAUAAAUAUUCAUUAUGUAAACAAAACAGUUUUAAUAUAUUUCAUCACAAGAAAUCGCUAACAAUAACAUUUCAUGUAAAUCAUGUAAAUGAUCACUCAUGAGUUAUCAGAAAGCGAUAUAAUAACUUGAUAUUCUUAUGAGUGAUCAUUGUUUGAAAUAUGGAAGUUCUCACAUGAAUACCAUGGCUGAUUUAUUAAUGCAACAGUGCCAUGCCCAGGAGGCGCACUGUCUUUAUGUAAAUAACAAUUGAAAAAUAUUGCUUGAUGGAAUGAAAUUAUAAUUAUAUUGCUUUCAAAA